AAGUAUUCUGGCUCAACCUGGCGCGGAGCCGCGCUGAAAUUUGAGGAUUUUGCUAGUGCGGUCCAUGCUCUUUUUGGCGCUGCUGUUGGGCAUCGCCCGUGUGGGCGCGGACUGCCCCAAGGACUGCCCCAAGACCUGCCCAUCGCAGCUGGAGGUGCAGUCGGAUUUUGUGAAGUCCAGCUUCGACCUCACGAAGUUUUGGGGCGUCUUCUAUGAGCUGGCCUACCACGACUCCACCCAGCCACGGCAGUGGCCGCUCAAGGCCGCGUGCCAGCGCUCGGUGAAGUCCCCGCAUCCGCAGGACCCAAAGAACUACAAGGACUUGUUCUCCCUGAACAUUGGGCCUGGCAAGGGCGUGAAUGCAGUCUGCGACUUGGAGUUCAACAUCACUGAGAGGCCCGGGGUUUUCCUCGGCCAUUGGUCAGGCCACUCAUUUUUCAAUCCCAACCUGACCAACAUCGCCAACACCGUGGUGGACGUUGGCGUGGCAGCCAACGGAACCUACAACUGGACUUUGGAGUUUCAGUGCAAGAACUACGAGGAUGCUUCCAAGGGCGUUCGCUUUGCAGCGGUGAAUUUCUACCACCGCAAGCCCGUGGUGGACCAGGAGGAGUUUGACCUCAUGAUGAGCCGCCUCCGCGCACGGGGCCUGGGCUGGGUGGUGGACGCCUCCCCAGGCCUCACCUUGGUGGACCAGCAGAAGUGCAUCGACCACGACUCCUAUCCUUCCUUGGAUUCCAAGACCUCCUUCUGCGGGCAGGCGCCCGCGCUGGACAUUUUGGUUUGAGCUCGUGGUAGAAUGUUUUGGGGUGGGAUCCAUGUCAAUCUUGGUUUUGGAGAUCAAGAUUGCCAGCCUUGUACAUAGCGGUCGCUGAGGAGACGAGGUACAGAGCC